UUUUUUUUCUGAUUUUCAGGAGGAAUGAAACUUUUCAGUGCAUUUUGGUAACUAUGUUUAUAGUAAGGCAAAGUCAAGAAACGUGGUUGGCUGGUGAGCGGUGAGGACGGUUCACGGCAGUUGCGAUGGAGCAAUAUUCGCCGAAAUCUUCGCCCCGGGGGCCGCCUGGGUCACAAACGGCCCCCCGAUCUCAGGACACAACCACGUCCACGUCGGGCACUCUUAAAACAACUAUUUGCUUGGGCAUGGGCAAAACCCCGAGCAUUGUUCACAACCGCCCCUUCUACCUCAUGAAGGAGCUCCCUCCUCCAAGUGAGCGGACAGGUGCGACGAAUCUUAUGGCAAUACACAAUCUCGAACAUGCUUAUAACAAAUUCAAUGGCAAGAAGGUGAAGGAUCAACUAUCCAGCUUUCUGCCGAACUUGCCGGGUGUAAUUGACACCCAAGGAUCUCAAGAUGGAAGUUCGCUUCGUUCCGUCAUCGAAAAGCAUCGCUUGGUGCCCAAAGAAUUGGUUCAGUUUACUACCGCGCAGUUAGCCGGUUUCCGGCUGCAUCCUGGCCCGCUUCCGGAACAGUAUCGUUUCAUGACGCAGAGCCCGACAAAGAUUAGAAAGCACAAGCAGAAGAGAAGAAGAUAUCGUGGGCCAUUUGGUGUGAGCAGUGCACCGGGUGACUCCACGCCAGAAGCGCCUCAAACCACGGAGGCACUGAUGGCGGAGACGACUGAAUUGCCAGUUGCUCUGAAAACCAAGCACAAGAAGACCAAGAAGCACGGUGACGAGGAGCGGCGUAAGAAGAAAAAGGAGAAGAAGAAAAAGAAGCAGAAGAAUGAUACACCUCCUCCGCCCCCUGUACCUGGUCCGUCGGGUAUCCCGUCACCUCAACCAGCGGGUUUACUUUAGCGAUUGUUGUUCUGUUCUGCUCUGCUGCCGGGGAAAAAGCGCGCUUCUACUUAUUUUGUGUGUGGCCGAAAGGGGUUUUGUUACUUGUUGCAGUCAUGUUUGUGCGAGUGCGGUUGACUGCCGAUCCUGUUUUUGUGACGAGAGGAUAUAAUAGGAUGAUGCGACUUAUUCGUUCUUUGAUGCCAAUGUUCGAAAGAGUAAAUGUCGCGAUUUUUUUUCCACA